AUGGGAAAAGUGAAAACAUUCGAAUUGGUGCUGGCCGACAACAAAUCUGUGUAUCACCCCGGCGAUUUGGUAACUGGGAAAUGUGUUAUUGAACUUAAAAAUGAAAUUAGGUUCCGAACGAUCCGGGUCUACAUAAGGGGCGUGGCUAAAGUUCAUUGGACAGAAUCUCGAAGCACUGGGACCAGGCUGGGAGCCUACACCGAACACUUCAACUCCGAGGUGGAAUACUUCAACCAGAGACAACUCUUGUACGGAAAUGAUGAAAGCAAAGCCGACCUGUCAGUUCUGCCCGAGGGAAAGUUUCAGUUCACAUUUAUAUUUGAAUUGCCUUACGAGGGCAUAUCUACCUCAUUUGAGGGGAAGCAUGGCAAUAUAAGGUACUGGCUGAAGGCUGAAAUUGAUAAGCCCUGGUCAUUCAACUACAAGACCAAAAAAGCUUUCACAGUUAUCAGUCCAAUUGACAUCAACAAGCCAAUUUAUCAGGGCCCAGUAGAGAAUUCGGUAGAGAAGUCGUUGUGUUGUUGUUUCUGCAGAUCGGGAACAAUAUCCAUCGACGCCAGGACUGACCGGAAGGGCUACUGUCCAGGUGAGUCGAUAAUGUUGUGGGCGGAGUUUGACAACCAAUCAAAUCGCACUGUCAUUCCUUAUGCUUCCCUACACCAGAUCCAGACUUUUUUGGCUAGAGGUAAAUCGAGGAUUAGGGUGAGCAAGUUUACGAGUUUAACAGGUUGGUCGGCUGGUUGGCACAGUCAGUCAGUCUGGGACGGCUUGCUGAUGAAAAUUCCAGUCAUACCUCCAACGGUCGCUAACUGUUUCGUCAUCAGAGUUGAAUAUUUUAUCAAGAUCGCCUUGCAUAUUCCUGGAUCUUCGAACCUCUGCAUGCUGCUUCCAAUCACCAUAGGCACUACACCCUACAGGAGAAAUCCAGUAAGUGGGUGGAUGAAUGAAUGA